AUGAGCGUUGAUGGCCACGCUGACCGGCCGGUGGAAGUAGCGAUCAUCGGGUCCGGCCCGGCUGGACUCACCGCUGCGAUCUACGCUGCCCGGGCCAACCUCUCGCCCGUAGUUCUGGAGGGGGAGCUGAGUUCGACCAGCAAUCAGCCGGGCGGCCAACUCAUGCUCACCACCGACGUCGAGAACUACCCCGGCUUCCCCGAGGGCGUCAUGGGACCCGAGUUGAUGCAGCGAUUCCGAGACCAGGCCGUCCGAUUCGGGGCUCAGGUCCACACGGCGAAGGCCUCUCGGGUGGAUUUCUCAACGCAGCCCUACGGCAUCUGGAUAGGCGGCCCCGAUGCGUCCGAGCCGACGCUGCGAGCCUGGAGCGUGAUCGUGUCCACCGGCGCCCAGUCGCUCAUGCUGGGACUUGAUCGGGAGAUCGAGAUGGUGGGGCACGGCCUUUCCACCUGCGCAACCUGCGAUGGAUUCUUCUUCCGCGACCAGCACAUCGCAGUGAUCGGAGGAGGCGAUUCUGCAAUGGAAGAGUCCACCUUCCUCACCCGGUUCGCUUCGAAGGUGACCGUCAUCCAUCGCCGCGACGCCCUGAGAGCAUCGAAGAUCAUGGAGCAGCGGGCCUUCGACAACGAGCGGAUCGAGUUCAUGUGGAACACCGUCGUAGAGGAGUACCUGGGCGAGUCGGCGCUCACCGGCCUGCGCAUCCGCAACGUCGAUACCGGCGAGACAUCAACCCUGGGCGUUACCGGGUGCUUCAUCGCCAUUGGCCAUCGCCCGAAUACCGACCUCUUUGCAGGGCAGCUGGAGAUGAAGGAGAACGGCUAUCUCGUCACUCAGCCCGACUCGACGAAGACCGCGGUGGAGGGCGUUUUCGCCUGCGGGGACGUGCAGGACGACUACUACCGCCAGGCCGUAACCGCGGCGGGCUCGGGCUGCAUGGCCGCCAUCGAGGCCGAGCGGUACCUCGAGAGCCGGCACCCGCGCUGA